CCACUAUUAUCCCACUGUCUCUUUUCUCUCCCCCCCAGUAUAAAAGCAAGUUGAGUAUCUAUCCACUUCUCUGCUAUACUAAACCCUGCUCUUUCAGAGCAACUUCACCUCUCUUCUUUCAGCUUCAGUUUUGAAGUGAAAAUGGUAGUGACUCUUGUUUGUCCUCUCUUUCUAGCUUUGUUAUUUGCUACUUCAGCUUUUGCUGCCCUUCAGCCAAGAUCACCAGAAGCUUACCUUCAAAAUGGAAACUUUGAGGAGCUUCCAAAUCCCAGAUUCAUCAAGAAAACAAAGCUGAUUGGGAAAUACUCCCUGCCCAAAUGGGAAAUCAAUGGUCUUGUUGAGUACAUCACUGGUGGGCCCCAAUCUGGAGGCAUGUUCUUCCCAGUGACUCAUGGAGUUCAUGCUGUGAGGCUUGGUAAUGAGGCCUCAAUCUCCCAGACCAUCAAGGUCAAACCUGGUCAACUCUAUGCUCUGAUUCUUGGAGCCUCAAGGACUUGUGCACAAGAUGAGGUUUUGAGAAUCUCUGUGCCUCCACAGACUGGUGAUGUUCCCCUGCAAACCCUGUAUAGCCUUGAUGGUGAUGUCAUUGCUUGGGGAUUCAAGGCCACUUCUAAUGUUGCCAAAGUGACUCUUCACAACCCUGGAGUUCAAGAGGAUCCUACUUGUGGUCCCCUUCUUGAUGCCAUUGCUAUCAGAGAGUUUUACCCUCCAAUGCCUACAAGAGCUAAUUUGGUGAAAAAUCCUAGCUUUGAGGAGGGUCCAUUCCCAAUUUUCAACUCUACAAACGGUGUUCUGCUCCCUCCACAACAACAAGAUCGCUUCUCCCCGCUCCCUGGUUGGAUCAUAGAGUCCCUCAAAGCUGUCAAAUUCAUCGAUGCAAAGCAUUUCAAUGUCCCAUUCGGGCUCGGAGCAGUGGAGCUUGUGGCUGGAAGAGAAAGUGCCAUUGCCCAAAUCAUCAGAACAGAAACCAACAAGGUCUACAACAUCACUUUUUCAGUUGGGGAUGCCAAAAAUGGCUGCCAUGGAUCCAUGAUGGUUGAAGCUUUUGCUGCAAAGGACACCUUUAAAGUACCAUUCAAAUCUGUAGGCAAAGGGAAAUUCGUCACUGUGAGUUUCAAGUUCAAAGCAAUUGCACCAAGAACCAGGCUCACAUUCUACAGCUCCUACUACCAUACAAGAACUGAUGAUUUUGGUUCUCUUUGUGGCCCUGUUCUUGACAGAGUUAUAGUGUUCCCUGUUGCUUAAACAUGAGUUACCACUUCUAUUUUGUAAUACGUGGCAAUUUAGAUUUUUGCAUUUCACUUGAUCCUGUCUUUUGUAUAAUUUCAUGAAGAUCAAAGAUAUUCUCAAUUAUGGUUC